AUGAGCGGCAGAAACGGCUACGCCGACGGAUACGGACAUUCCGAGAGCAAUCGUCACGACCAGGGCGAUGGCGGAUACGGCGCGAACAACAACUUAGGGGUCAACGGAUACUCGGGAGGACGGGAGCGUCGCCCAGGCGGAUAUGGUGGCUUCUACACGGACCCUUCACAGGAGUCUUCGCAUUCGCCCUCGCCCGAGCGACGCCGGGAUCGAAGAGAAGGGGGUCGUCAGAACUCCUCAUCGCGAUCGCGCACAAGAGAUACUGAGGCGGGGAGGAGGAUGCAUAGCUCGCGCGAUGGUCGGCCCCGUGAGGAAAAUAACUGGGCAAAUGCUAGCGGCAGGGGAAAUGGGCGCGCGGAUGAGAUGAAUGCUCCUCGUAGCACGGGAGGAUCUCAGGCUAUUGAAGAUAUCCUGCAGUCUAUCCACGCUGAUUGGAACUUCGUGGCCUCCGAUGAUUGUGUACCAGUGCAAGUGGCCUUGCAGUUGAUGGACACUAGUACUUUGGGAAAGGCGGAUCGUGAGCCAGACUUUCUCAAUAUGAAUCAGCAAAUACAGAGGACUUUAAAGUCUGUUGUCAACGAACACCACCAAGGAUUUAACAGCUCCAUUGGUACCUAUCAUAAGAUCCAAUCUAAUAUACAAAACUCGCAGAGCCGUGUGCGGAAUCUGAAACAUGCGCUGGAGAAAGCGAAGACCGGCUUGCUCUAUACGAAGCCAGAGUUGAAGGGGCUAGCAACCUCCUCGCAGAAAUACGAUGAUCUGAUCCAGCUGUUCAGUCAGAUUCAGGAGAUUCAAUCUCUUCCAGAAAAACUGGAGUCCCGAAUCUCCGCCAAGCGAUUCCUUGGGGCGGUCGAGGUACUGCACGAUGCAUUCAGGCUUUUGCGACGCUCAGAAUUGGACAACAUCGGCGCUCUAGCAGACAUCCGCGCUUACUUCGCUAACCAAGAAAUAUCCCUUACGGACAUUCUGGUGGAGGAGUUGCAUGACCACCUCUACCUCAAAUCUCCUUACUGUUCGUCUCGGUGGAAGGCGCCAGCUCAGGAAGGAGAAACCAACGGCGCAAAUGCCUCCAGCUGGACUGGAGUAGGACCCUGGGAGAAGCCUGUGUAUGCCUUUCUAGCAAAGUUGGACGCCUCCACACCUUUGAUGGAGGAUGCUUCGCGGAAUCCAGAAGCUGAUACAUUUUACUACAUUCGAAUGCUGAUUGAGGCGCUGAACAAAAUGGGCCAUCUGGACAUUGCCAUCGACCGCAUUGAACAACGGCUUCCAGUUGAACUGUUCGCAGUGGUUGAUAAGACGAACGCGGAGGUAGAUGCGCGCCACCCGAAUUUGACUCGCGGCUUCGCUUCUCAGGAUAGCAAGACGAGUUUACCAACAGAGCUCAUUCAGAAGCGCGGUCAUGUGCUAACAGAGUUCUUGUGGACGCUUUAUGCCAAAUUUGAGGCCAUUGCGGAAGGCCAUCGAGUCGUCCACGAUGUAAUUGCUGGGAUUGUGGAGCGUGAAGGUAUUCCCAAGAACAGUGCACUGACUGGUGGCUUCAAAGAGCUGUGGAAGCUUUAUCAGAGUGAGAUUCGGUCUAUCUUGCAUGAUUAUCUGGCUACGGACGGAGAAUCGUCCUUUCGACAGAGGGAAGAAGAGGCAGAGGCCAAACGCCAGAUCUACUCCGGUCAUCGAGACAAAAACAAGAAACUGUUCAAAUUAUCGGAGACAGUUGAGAACAGCGAAAUGCAAGUGGAGCAGGAUGAACUCGACGAAAUCCUCAAGUCUUCGGUUCCUGGUCUCGUAUCCGAAACCAGACAUGAGUAUACCACAACUGAUAAUUCACGGAACGGGCAAGGAAAUUCUGGAACUGGCCACAAGCUGCUGAUCGAACCCAGCGUCUUCAAUAUGAGUCUCCUCCUUCCACCUUCACUCUCCUUCAUCCAGCGCCUCAAGGAUGUGGUGCCCGUCGAUGCCGACAUCGCUCUGAGCACUUUGACGUCAUUUCUUGAUGACUUUCUUAUCAACGUUUUCCUGCCUCAGCUGGAUGAGACCGCGACGGACCUCUGCACGCUUAGUUUCAUUGCGCCAGAUGCCUUCACGGAAGAUCCUCAAUGGGCAAAAUGCGCUCCUCGACCGAUUUUCAAGGGAACGGCCAGAUUCAUGUCGAUCGUUCGGGAGUUUAGCAAAAUGCUGUCCAGUAUUCCUCAUGACCAGGCUUUCACACAGCUCUUAAUCAGUCAGAUUGUGACUUACUAUGACAAAUGCUGCGGAUGGUAUAAAGCAAUCGUUACGAAGGUCUCCCCACGCAAUAAGGGCGAAGUCCGCCUCAAAGCCGCUGCGGAAAUGGCCGAGUCUGGCGAAGUCCAUAACACAGUCAAGGAGCUCUGGGAAGGGACAGCGGACAAUAAAAAUGAACUGAUCGACAAAGAAAUUGAGCUUCUCCUCCGACGCGCAGACGAGGUGCCUCUCGAGCCGUACGACAUCAUAUCCGAUCCCAAAACAGUGGUGGCCUUGUCGCUUCUGUACAAUAGCAUGCAAUGGCUUGCGAGCCACCUCAUCAAACUGCGAAAGGUCACAGCUUUCGAGUCACGGAACCCGCAGUCCGAAAGUAGAGCACCUCCUCGUCGAUGGACUUUGGUCGGCGCCAUGAGACCCAAACGUGAUAGCAUCAGCCAGCCAGUGUAUCUGCCCUUAAAUCAGGAGAUGGCUAAAGCUUUUGAUACCACUCUCCAGUCACUGCGCAAUCUCGCCUCAACCGCUCUUUUUGCUCUUCAUAUCGAUAUUCGCUGCGGCAUCAUCCACAUGCUUACUCGGACAAUGGCUGGCCCGAAUCCUCUCAACAAUCGUAAUUCAGAACCGACCACUCCGUCGCCGAACUCGAAUAUGAAUUGGUGGCAUAUCCUUGUAAACCAACCGACUGCCGCAUCACCCACAAUCUUGGAAUUGAACAACGACUUGAUUGCCUUCGAUACCAAUAUCAUGACGUACAUGGGAUCAGCCGAACACUGGUUUAUCACCUCGGGUCUCGCCAGGUUCAUUGACCAAGCAUUUGUCUCCUCCACUCGUCAUAUCGGCGCCAUGAAUGAGAACGGAGCGUUGCGACUGCAGUUGGAUGUCCUUGUUUUACAACAGAAUCUCAAGAAUAUCAUCAUCGAACCGACGUCAGAUGCUGCUCAGGAUCCCACUACGCAGGAACCAGAACAUCCCCACGAGGUCGUCGCACUUCCUCGCAGUGCCAAAUUCCUGGAUUGGUUCCUGGAUGGAGCUGAAAAAGCACUGGAGUACGCAAAGGACGAAAAGGAGCUCUUUGCUACGCAAGGCGAACAGGCACUGGCUGCUGGCAAUGGCGAACCCUUGACCUACGGUGAACUCAAGGUCCUCGUAGAUCUAUGUUUUUCGGACGUUUUGAGAGGGCCCCGGGGUGCUGAUAAUCGGGAAGACUUUAUGGCGGCAAAGAAAGCCAGUGCCGACGCCCUUUUGAACCUGAAUGAAAUCAUGUGGGAUUCCAGGUGA